GGCAGCGAUGGCUACGUCGCCAAGCGGUUCUUUGACGUUGGUCGCGGCCCUGACAUGGUUUCUAUUCGCGACAACUCGCAAUAUCUGGAACUCGACGCGAUCCGGCUUGUCUACACCAAGUUCUUCAUCAAAACCUUCUACGAGGUCUGUGUUCGUUCCAAUUUCAAAGACUUCGCUCGGGUGACCCGCUUUCGCCUGGCGCGCGAGGUUAUACCUCCGAAUGGUCAACCAUCGAUAGCAAGCGACGUCUCUCUUCAACAAUUAGCGAAGGCCCCCUCCGGUAUGCAUAUCAUGUGGCUCGUUGAACCUCGUCGCAACACACAGACAACCCGCUGGUCCGGUACGAUGGCGCACCCGCGUCAUUCGAGCCUGGCUGGGAACACGGUCACGGCGCUUGCUCAUAUGGUGUAUGGCAUGUCCAACAAGACGAUGGUGCUGGCCGAUCUGCAGAGUACGUUUUCUGGCUUCUCUUUUAAGUCCCAGUUCCGCUGCACAAACCUGCCCCUUGCUUACCAUGAGUUCAGCGUUUCCGGCUUAGGCGAUCAUGGUCAGGAAGGCGUUGACUGCUUCCUGCGAGAGCACUUUUGCGGGCCUGUCUGCGAGCAGCUGCAGGUUGAGGCGUGGAUCAAGGACCUCGACAACGCUGAUCCACAAGAGGAUGACACAUUGGGUGCUCCUGAGGACGGCGGCGACGCCUUGAAUCCUGCGCAAUCGCUGCAUGCUGCCCCCAAGGAGCCGCGCAGCCUUACGCCUUCGACUGCCGACGGUCAUGCUGGCGUUCAGUCACCCCGGACCGCGACCAGCAGUGGAGCCUAG